CUUGUUACUGUGACGCUUCUCUCUUCAAAUUAAUUAUUCUCCAGGUUACACAGUUUAGUUUUGUUUUAGUUUUCUUAAAGUCUGUCAGUAUUUCAAGGUUCAACAUAAGUUUGAAAGUUAUUAAGUUGGAUGGACUUCAGAUGGCCGAAGGGGCGGCGCUAGUUAUCGUAAAAAAUGUGCAAAAAUUAUGCGCGUAAGAGUGCUAGUAUAUGAGGAAAAAAGAGCCUAGGGAUAUUGUAUCACUUGAAAAUUUGUGAUUAUCGAGUAGCAGUCGAUUGUUUUAUCUCGAUUACUGAUAUUCGAGAGUGAUAGAUGCAAUGUUUUCUUGUCAUUGUCAAGGAAAAAUUCUACCAUAGGUGUAUGUUGUUCAAUAGUGAAACAAAUAGUUGUUUCCUUUACUAUAAACGUGAUUGACAAUGAAUGAUCGUUUUUGUCAUCUUUUAUUCGUCUUCCUAUUGGUCGAUGGAUCCUUCAAUCUAUAGUUUUCAUGACUGCCACAAUUUCGCCUUAUGAACUGUACAAUCCACGUGCUACGCUACAAGCAUUACAUGAACCAUAGAAACAGAGAUUAUAGGGGAGAUUGCUAGGGCUUAUGGAAGGGCUUUGGCGAGUGAUUCAUUGCGGCGGCUACGGAACUACGCCCAGAGAGCUCGUACGUUGUAGUAGAGUUGAGAGAGGAUACUGAGUAUCAAGUAGAAUUCAAUGCUGGGGAAAAGCGCAUGGCCAUUAUAGUAUCUUUGUCUCCUGAAUUUCCACUGGAGAAACCAGUCCUACGUGUGUCACCGCCUGUUCAUCAUCCUUGGUGCAAUGAAUACAGCGAAAUCACCAGUGCUCCUGGAUUAUUGAAUUUUACAGUUCACAGUGAUCUUGGGCGUGUUGUUCAGGCUAUCAUCAGAGAAUUCUGCAAGUAUCCACCACAGUUACAGGAUGAUAUGAUGUCAACACCAAGUUUACCGCGUAGUGAUCUUCAAGGGCGAAGGUCCCCUUCCUACAAUCUCCAAAGAUACUCAGAUCGGCCAUCGACAUCCUACAACUCAUUUUACAACUCUUCUUAUCCUCAAUUUUUAUCACCAAAUGAAAAUUCAAGCUACACAUAUAAUUUCGCCAACACGUGUCUGGCAGAGGGUCAACAAUUUGGUACUUCCUCUCAUCAUACGACGACCGCCGCUCCAGUACAAUCCAUACAAUAUAUGACUUCAACAUACACUGAUACGCCUUGUGUUUAUUUGAAUUGCGGAAAGCCAAUAUCUUCUAUCAGCAUUGAAUUUCCAGAAUUGCAUAAUUUAAGUAAUGAAGAAUUGAAAAAGCUUGGAGAAGAAGAAGAUAGCCUGGAUAAUUAUUUGGAGGAACAGUCUCGAUUGAAGGAUCUUAAUUUAGCAAUCGAUGCAGCUAUUGAUUACGUUGAAAAAGUUACUACUGGAAACUUAACCAAAGAAAUUGAGCUGAAGACUCUUCAAGAGGAAGUAAUAUCUCAAGUUCAAUCUGUAUCAGUUCUCAAAGCUCGUUACGAUAGUUUAAUCAAUCAAUAUAAUAAAUUGUCAGAAGUGUUUAUACCAGACCAUAUAAAAGAGUGUCUAAAAAGUGCUGCAGACGAGAGUCACGAAAAAAGUGAAAAAAUAGCCGAAGAUUUUCUUAAUAGAAAAAUUGAUGUUGAACGUUUUUUAAGUACAUACAUAAAAUGUAGGAAAUUGGGACAGGCAAGACGCACCAAGGAAGAAAAAUUGGCGCAUCAGUUGAAUGAAUUGAAACGUGCUGGAUAUUAGAUUGGAAUUAAUCUAUUGCAAUUAACUUACUUAUUCAUACUAUAAAUGUGGAAAUGCAAAUAUGAAAAAUUGAACGAGGAAAUCUGUAAAUAUUUUCCUUUAUAGGCAUCUUCAAUUGUCUUUGGGCAAUGAAAUUGUAUGUACCAAAAACUUAUUUCAAUAUUGUAGUUAGAAUUAGAGACCAAAAAUGGGAUGCAAAACUUCUCUAUAUCGUAAAAACUUAUUUCUGAAUAUCAAAUACUUUUUAAGUUAAUCAUUUAGCCAUUAAAAAUAUGUAAAUUGAACGAGUUUUAUGAUUUCAAGUGUGCAAGCAAAAUAUUUCCCAUCUCUACUCAUCGACCCUGUAAUGACGCCAACACUAAAUGCAAGUAACUGAUUGGAAAGGUGCUAUUUAUAAAUGGUAAUUUACACCGUAUUUUUAAAUACAUUUUUCAGUAAAAAGUGUUUAGAAGAUAAGUGGAGCUCUUUCCAAUCUAAAAUUAAUGUAAUUCAAAAAGCAGCUAUCUAUUUUGACAUGUACUGAUCAUCAAAUAUGAGUUACAUCAUUAAUUAGUUAGCUCGGUUUUUGAGUGGCGCAAGUUAUUUUAUAUUUUAGGAUACAUUAACCGGCCAAUUAUAAUUGGCUUCGCAUCUCACGUAUAAUUGGCCAGUUACUGCCCGCUUAAGUGUGAAAUACAUUUAAAAUCGGCAGACCUGUUGACGCUACAAAUUCUACUCUGUAAUUUCUUCAUUAUUACCGGAGUACUGUAGUAAAAUAGAAAAAAAUAUAAUUUUAUAUGUAAGUGCUUAGAAACCCUAUAAAGGAUAAUUUUGACUAAAAAAAUUAUGAAUUGUAAGAUUUUUAAAUUUUAAUGCCGAAACUCUAGAUGAUAUAGUUGACCAAAAGCGUAAAUAUUUAAAAAAUGUGUCAAAUUCCGAGUUCGAAUAUAUAGUAACGGUAACAUUGAAGGCGGCAAGUGAAACCUGGUGCUCCAUUUUUUCGAGAUUUGUGAUGGUCAGGAGGGAAGCACCAUGAGGUCGCUCUCCUUGCGGCGUACUCCUCUCGCCGAAGGUAUGCUCAUUGGUGAUUAUCAAUUAAAUAACGUACGAGGACUCAGCUAGGCAAGCUCUCUAGUUGUUUCUCCCCUUCACAGGGUUAAAAAGUUCUUGUGUCAGACUGGUUCACGGCGCCCAGAAUGUCUAAGUCUUGUCGAUCCAAGAAGUGUCUUUUUGCGACAUAAUUGCUUGUUAGCCGCUCACGUUAGUCUCAACCAGUCUAGCCGCUACAACGUCAACAAAAGCCCCUCACAAAUUGUGUAGUAAAGAGAAUUCACUUCACAAUAACAAUGCACAAUAACAAUGGUAGUCUAGUGAUUAGGGAGUAGGUUCAGUAAUCGUAGGUUCUUCAAUUCGACCUCCUGCAUCGUCAAAAAUACGGUUUUUGCUUCCAAAUGGAAACCUUGUAUUUGAUCAAUUUUUCAAUUUUCGAAUUUCAAUUGCAAGUUAUCUAAAAUGUUCUGAAACACGAAAAAACAAUGGUUUUAGACCAUGUCUGUAUUUUCUAGAAGAUUAUAAAUUUUAAAGAUUCAUUUGGAGAAAAUUCUACAUAAAUACAGUAAAAUUUGUAGGUGAAAAUCUGAAUUUCCGCGUUAUGAUAGCUAACACUAACCUUUACUUUGAUGCAUCGUCUCAGCUUGAUCGGUUCAGUAGUUGGUGAGUUAUAACAACUUUUAUAAAAUUUUGUGAAUGCAAUAACUCAAUAAAAAAAAGAUAUAUGUA